CCUUGCGUUUUGGCCGUCAACGUGAAAGAUGAUGAAAACUUCAAUGAGAAGUUAAUUAUAGAAACAAUGUCAAAAUUAAUUCAAGUGCCAUCAAAGAAAUGGCUGAAAUACAAGUGGUGUGGUGUGAUUAAACGAUUUCAAUCAGCUGCGUCAACAUCUGUGAAUCUUGGAAACGGAACACUUACAAUAGAAACAGGGAAACUGGCCAAAUUUGCAGAUGGUGCAGCAGUUAUAAAGCAAGGUGAAACCAGUGUUCUUGUGACAGCAGUGACAAAAAAUUUAUCUCAGCCAUCUUCAUUUCUUCCUCUAACUGUGGAUUACAGACUGAAAGCAGCAGCAGCUGGGAGGAUUCCUAUGAACUAUUUCCGUCGAGAGCGGGGUCCAUCAGAGAGUGAAAUCCUUACCAGUCGUGUUGUAGAUCGAUCAAUAAGACCUCUUUUUCCAGAUGAAAGUAGCAGGGAAAUUCAGGUGUGUUGUAAUGUACUAGCAGUUGAUGGAGAAAAUGAUCCCACGAUUCUCAGCAUCAAUGCAGCAUCAGCUGCCAUAGCCGUGUCCUCCGUACAGUAUCAAUGGAACGGUCCUGUAGGGGCUGUCAGGGUUGGAUAUGUGGAUGAUAAAUUUGUAAUAAAUCCACUUCGCCAUGAGCUGGAGCAGAGUAAAAUCAACCUCGUGGUAACGUCCAGUAAACAAGGAAUCGUUAUGUUGGAGGGCGGUGCCAAUGCCAUUGAUUACGAUUUGUUUAAGGAAGCCAUUAAGGUCGGUUACGAAGAGUCAUUUAAUAUCAUCGACAGUAUCGAGGAUCUGAGAAAAACGGCCUGCGAAAAUAAGUAUAUACCUAAACGUCUACCUCCCAGAUUUCAGGAUACAGAAAUACAGGAAGCUGUCUACAGGUUGUACAACACAAAGUUGACUGCAGUGUUUACAGAUUAUAAUCAUGAUAAGUUUUCAAGAGAUUUGGCUGUAAAGAAUGUUGUCAAUAGUGUGAUGAAUGAAUUAAAAGAUCUUUAUCCCUCCAUGACAGAAGAUGAUUUAAAUCAGUACAUUCAGAAGUGUAUUAAACAAGUCUUCAGGGAGAGUAUCUUUACCACAGGAAAAAGGUGUGAUGGCAGAAGUUUAACACAGCUCAGAAACAUUUCCUGUAGCGUAGACGUCCUCAAACCCCUGCAUGGAUCCUCUCUUUUCCAGAGGGGUCAAACACAGGUUCUGUGCACCAUGGCUUAUGAUUCUUUAGACAUGUCCUUAAAGUUUGAUCCUGUUGCACAGCUCAUCAGUGGUGCAAAGGAAAAGAAUUUUAUGUUACAUUAUGAGUUUCCAGCGUAUGCCACCAAUGAAAUAGGACGACCUGGUACAGCUACGGCAAGAAGAGAAAUAGGACACGGUGCCCUGGCGGAGAGAGGCCUGAGACCGAUCAUCCCAGACAAUCUUCCCUUUACUUUACGCCUCACCUCAGAAGUUCUGGAAUCUAAUGGAUCCUCCUCCAUGGCUUCUGUCUGUGGGGGGAGCCUGGCUCUGAUGGAUGCGGGGGUCCCAGUUAGGGAGGCAGCAGCUGGGGUGGCCAUCGGACUGGUGACCCAGACGGACAAGUAUGGGGAUAUCGCAUCACACAGGGUCCUCACUGACUUAAUGGGUAUAGAAGACUAUUUUGGAGACAUGGAUUUCAAAAUUGCAGGAACUAAAAAUGGAGUCACAGCAUUGCAGGCAGACAUUAAAUUAUCCUUUUUACCUUUAGACAUUGUAUUUGAGGCAAUUGAUGCUGGUAAAAGUGGAAUAAAUAGAAUGUUAAAGAUUAUGAACUCUGUGAUAAGUAAACCAAGGGAACCUAAAAGCAAUGCCCCAGUAACAGAGAAGUUUACCGUAAAUCCUCAGAAGAGAUCCCGUGUGAUCGGGGUCGGAGGUCAGAGGUUACGACAGCUGGCCCAGAAGACCGGUGUCCAGAUGUCCGUGCUGGACGAGAGCACGUUUGAUUUGUUUGCUCCGGACAAGACAGCCCUGUCAGAAGCCAAAGAAUUACUGAACGUCUGGCUGGAGGAAAAGGCUGCUCCCAAUCUGGUGUUUGGUGCUAUAUAUACGGUGAAGAUAUUGGAAGUAAAGGUAGCCGGUGCCAUGGUGGAGAUCCAUCCUAGCAUGGAGCCAGUAUUCAUACACAGAAAACAACUGGAUAUCAGAAUGGUUCAGGAUGCCACAGUUUUGGGAUUUAAGCCCGGAGAUGAGAUACAAGUGAAAUACUUUGGGAAUGAUCCCGUGAGUGGUGGGAUCAGACUGUCACGGAGGGUCCUUCUCUCUCCCGCAUUACCAGCAUUCAAGUCCUGACCCUGGCACUAUUCUAGUUUUAAUAUAUGAAUACUAAUUAUAAGAUCUUGUUCUUCCAAGAACAGAAAGAAAGAGAGGGGAUAGAAUGAGAAUUUCACAAACGAAAUGGAUGAAGAUGACCUGCUCAUCUUGAAUAUGCAAUCUUAAAGGACCUACAGUGUACUGUUUAUCUUGAGGGAGUUAGUAUUGAGCACUGCAA